AUGAAGCUCUCGGGAAGCCUUCUCCUCGCUGGAGUAUCUUUGGCCGCAGCUAUACCGUUCGAGCAUUUGUCUGAUGGCCUCGCCCACUUGGCUAAACCCGUGAAAGGAAGAUGGUUUGAACGCUUCGUAGUUGUCGUUCUAGAGAACACAAACAAGGGUGUGACUAUGGGUGACCCAUACUUCCUCAAUCUUACCCAUUGGGGCAUGCUUCUCGGCAAUUACCACGGCACAACCCAUCCUUCACAGCCUAAUUACAUCACAAUGGUCACUCAUACCGAUGCUGCUGGUGUGUAUGAUGAUAGUGAUCACAACACUACCGAGUCGAGCUUGAUUGACUUGUUUGAGCCCGCGGGGAUUACUUGGAAGGCAUACAUGGAAGGCUACAAGCCUCUUGAGAAUGGCGAGUGCAAUCCUUACACUGAAGAUUUGGAAACUCUCUAUGUUCGCAAGCAUAAUCCCUUCAUGUCCUUCGACAACAUCCGCAAUAACACUUCGCGCUGCCAAAAUAUUGUCAAUGCCGAGGCUGAAUUCGCUAAAGAUGUUGCCAAGGGCUCCAGUGCUCCGAUGUACAUGUACUAUGUGCCGAACCUGAAGAACGAUGCCCACGACACCAACAUCUCGUUUGCUGCAAAGGACUUGCAGUACGUGAUUGACACUAUGUUACUCAACACAGAGUUCAUGAAGAAGACUGCAAUUCUUAUUACCUUCGACGAGGACAACGUGUAUACCAAUGACAACUACGGCGACCCUAACUCCAUCUAUUCUUUGCUCCUGGGUAACGACACUGUUAAAUGCUAUGACUGCGUGGACCAGAAUUACUAUAACCGUUGUGACUCUGGAAAGAAACUGGAAUUUGAGUACUCUCGCUGGCGAAGGUUGGGACCAGUGGUGGCGUCCCUUCGGUAUGCUACGGACUCACUCAGAUGA